CAUCUGGCCACAUCCUCGGGAUCACUCAACGGCUCCGCCUCCUCGCCAGUGAUUGGCCGCCGGAACUGUAGCUCAGGAGAGGCACACAGGCGGCCAAUCACCGGCGAGGAGGUGGAGCUUGGAGAGGAGGAGCCGAGAGCAGCAGCGCGAAGAUCAAAAAGAUCGAGCGAGGGAGCGGCCGGAGAAGGAAGACAACUGACAGCCAGGUAUGCUGGCUGUAGAUGGGAGAGGGAGGGAGUGAGCCCAGGCUGGAGCAGGAGUCAGCAAGGUAAGUAUCAUUGGUGUCAGUAGGAGGAAUAGUGCCCCAUCAUUGGUGUCAUUAAUACCAAUGAUGGGGCACUAUUCUUCCCACUGACACCAAUGAUGGGGCACUAUUUCCCCCCCCCCCCACUGACACCAACGAUGGGGAACUAUUCCUCC